GUCAUUUUCGAUUAUUUUUGUUGUUUCAUUACCACCUGGGGGACAUUGCGACUUGCGAGUAAAAAUCCGAUUUUCAACUAAAUUCUCAAAAUGGUAGUUCCAUCCAACACAUCCCGCGACAUUGUUUUGGAGCUGAUCAAACAAAAGGAAUCCAUUGAAGGGAAAAUAAAUGAUCAAGGCAGAAUUCUGCAAGCGAAUCAGGUGGGCAUGAAGGACCCGCUGGUUGACGGCAAUGGCUAUCCGCGUAAUGAUAUCGAUGUAUAUCAAGUGCGACAGGCUCGACAUCAGAUUAUCUGCCUGCAAAACGAUCUCAAAGCCAUUAUGAAACAAAUUGAGCAAGGUCUGCAUACGGUACAUGCUGAAACGGCAGCUCAGCAACGGGAAAACCUGGGUUCUACAAAAUUGCUGGACAUGGAGGUGGAUGGGGAAGGUAUCCCAGCGAUUCGGAGGACGGGUCCUGUGAAACCUAUCGCUAAAGUUAAUGUGGUCAGCGAUGGCUCUCCUGCGCAAGAAGCUGGGAUUGCCUUACGUGACGAACUAAUCGAGUUUGGUACAGUCAACGCUGCUAACUUUCGGGACCUAUCCCAGAUUGGUGUUCUGGUUCGAAGCUGUGAGAAUAAAUCCAUUCCUGUGAAGAUUCGCCGCGAUGGAAAGAUAAUAGACAUAACUCUUACGCCGAAAGCUUGGAACGGACGAGGGUUGCUCGGGUGCAACAUUGUUCCAAUGGAAACAACAGAACGCUAGUGAGCAAGCUGCAUUCUUUUUCUGUUCUACGACGUAAAACGAUUUCCAUACUCUGUGUUGAUUGAAGCAACAUAGCUUUAUUUUUAUCAUUUAGUUCCCUUUCAUUCUAAAAUUUUUACCGUGCUACAACACGUUUGUUUCUCCAAUCAUGAGGAGUGAAAUAAAAAUUAUGUGUAAGUUGUGA